AUGAGCUUACCUGGAGCAUCGUCGCAGUCUCCGGAUGAGAUGGCCAAUUUCACUCUUCUCAGUCCUGCAGCUGCCCCGAUCCUAGCCCCGCGGCUGGGAAAUUUGGCCUUUGCGGGCAGAAAAGCCAUCUCGACGCCCAAUUACAUUCCGCUAACGUCGCGAGGGGCUGUACCUCAUAUUGCGCAUGAUGUUAUGCGCGAUGAGACUGCGAUCGGCAGCCUGUUUAUUGGUCUCGAGGAUUACGCUGACGAUGUUCGAUGCCCACUGGGGCUCAGAUCAGUCAUAGAAAAGCAAGCGCAUACAGGACCGCUCCGGAAGGGAACCCCGCCGAUAUACAAUGUGCCAACUGCGCCGCAUGAAUCGGCCUUGCGCAAGUUCAUCAGUCUUCCUGAGGAUUUCCUGCUCAUUCUCGGUCCGCGACGGGUGCCUUCGAUCGUCUGUCCCCCCAAUAACACGCCUAAUUCAAUCUCCAUAUUGACGUCGGUCGGGUUCAGGCAGCUAGAGGCUGGUGAGUAUGUGGAAGCAGUACAGAGGCUACGGCCGGACAUCGUGGUGGGACUAGCAGACUUGGUCCAGGGACAAACUCCCGGCUCGAAGAGGAGGGCAAAGAUGGCUGAUAGAACCCAUGCAUUUACUUCGCAUGCAACGGAGCAGCUCUAUGGUCGAACAGUACCAGAAGAAAGUCGGCCAAAAUCAGCAUACUUUGCGCCGGUGCUGCCCCUUGAGAAUACGCAGCAAUCGCUAUACCUGGCUGAUCUCGAGCAUGGGCUGCGCCCUCACAUCUCCGGUCUCGCAUUAUACGAGUCGGCAUCGCUAUCGAUUCUCCCGGAGAGAUUAGGCAAUCUACCCCGGCUACUCUUCAGUGAUCCAGCUACACCACACGACAUCCUGCGUCAGGUAUCUCUCGGCGCCGAUGUUUUCACCGUUCCUUUCCUGGGCGCUACCUCGGACGCUGGGAUAGCCUUGGAUUUCACUUUUCCAGCCCUUGCUUACCCAUCCACAGCGGAGACGAUUGCAAGCGAACCUCGACCUCUCGCAUUUGACCUGUGGUCGUCUUCGUACAAAGUAGACACAGCACCCUUGAACGCGUCCUGCGAGUGCUACACAUGCAAAAACCACCACCGCGCAUACAUCCACCAUCUACUAUCCGCAAAGGAAAUGCUCGCAUGGACAUUACUCCAGAUCCAUAACCACCACACCAUGGACAAGUUCUUCUCCGCUAUCAGAGAGAGUAUCGAGCGAGGAACCUUCGACACAGACGCCGAUACGUUUCACCGGAUCUAUGCCCCAGAAUUACCAGAGAAAACCGGCCAGGGCCCCAGACUCCGUGGCCACCAACUCCCCGCUGCUGGACCUCACCAACCCCGACGCUUCCCUCGCGUGUAUGGUCGCCUCGAUGACGCGGCGGAGAAAUUCGCAGAGUCGGAAUCGUCCAUUGCCACGCCAGAUACGGGCGCUGAUGGACUAGAAGCACAUGGCUUUGCGCAGAAAACCUCCUCUUAG